AGCAAGAAUCUAGGUGAGCAACCCCUUGAGGGUUCUUUGAAAUCUCUCAGAUAGGGAUAUGUAAAACCUCCGACAACGACAUACUCUCCAUGAGGGGGAAGUUUCUCGACACAGCGACGACCGGGCUUACGAGGGCUUACGUCACAGAACCGCCAGAUUUGUUGAAAAGCCCGGGUACCAACCCAAUCGACGGCGCUCCCCUUCCUUGAGGGCAUCUCCUGGCUUCCAUAUCAUGUCUGGCGCUUUCGAGAGUGCUCUCGCAUUCAUUUAUGAUGUAGCACUGCAGCGGGCAGCCGUAGUAGCUGGGUAUUCGCUACUGUUGUAUGACUACUUUCUAACCCUCAGUGACGAGGUCGAAUACAUUUGGCAUACGCCCCGAACACUGGUCAAGUUCAUUUAUUUGGCAAACCGCUAUAUUGUACUCUUGGGACAAACCAUUCUUUGCAUCCAGAUAACUGGUAUCGUUGCAGCUGUCACUGGUGGUUGCGAGUUUUAUUCAGUAUUCCUUGGCGUAUAUAUAUUGAUUUCCCUGGAAACUGCACACGGUAAUGUCAGCCGCAGUUGAUGGAAAGGGUUCCCAUUGAUAGAUCGCAGUCCUGGUUGUCUUGCGUGCGUGGGCUAUCUGGGGAGGCAAUCAGCGCAUCUUGCGGUCUGUGGUUGCGGUGUAUGUUCUAGGUCUCGUAUCCAUCGUUGCAACGGUUUCACAAGGCGAAGAUUUCUCAAAUUUUGAGCCCACUGUGGCCUCUGUGUGUCAGAGACCGGUACCAGAUCGUGCUUGGCUUUUCUAUUUCGCCAGUUUGGUAGUGGACUCGUUAAUCUACUGCAUGACCAUGUCGCGUCUGUG